CGGGCCGGCAGGCGGCGCUGCGGCCGGGGCGCUGGCGGCGGCGGCGGAAGGAGCGCCGCUCCCAGAGCUCGUCCCUGCCCCGUCCGCCCUCCGCGCCAUGGCGCCCGCCGCGUCCGUGUCCCGCCUGCUCGGCGCGGGUGUCUGCGCCGGGCCGCUGCGGCCGCGUCUGCUCCAGAGCGCCACCCCGGGGCGGGCCCGGCCGAGCGGUAGGACCCUGGCCAGCGCUGCGACCCCCGCCGUCAGGGAGCCCGAAGGCAGCAUCGAUCUCAACGACAGGAUCCUCAACGAGCCCCUCAAGCACUCUGACUUCUUCAACGUCAAGGAGCUGUUUUCCGUGAGAAGCCUCUUCGAUGCCCGGGUGCACCUGGGGCACAAAGCAGGCUGUCGGCACAGGUUUAUGGAGCCGUACAUUUUUGGGAGUCGCCUGGACCAGGACAUCAUUGACCUGGAACAGACAGCCGCGCACCUGCGGCUGGCGUUGAAUUUCACGGCCCACGUGGCCUAUCGCAAGGGCAUCAUCUUGUUUGUGGGCCGCAACAGGCAGUUCUCACACCUGAUCGAGACCACAGCCCGGGACUGCGGCGAAUACGCCCACACCCGCUACUUCAAGGGCGGCCUGCUGACCAACGCCCCGCUCCUCUUGGGACCCAAGGUCCGCCUGCCAGACCUCAUCAUCUUCCUGCACACGCUCAACAACGUCUUUGAGCCCCACGUGGCUGUGAGAGACGCAGCCAAGAUGCAGAUCCCCACCGUGGGCAUCGUGGACACCAACUGCAACCCAUGUCUCAUCACCUACCCCGUCCCCGGCAACGACGACUCUCCCCCAUCCGUCCACCUCUUCUGCAGGCUCUUCCAGACGAUCAUCAACCGGGCCAAGCAGAAGCGGAGGCACAUGGAGGCCUUGUAUCGGCUGCAGGGCCAGGAGGGUCCGGGGGCCCGGGGCGGGGGGCCGGCUGACCUGCCCUCCCUGGGAGCGUAGGCCCGGCCGGACCUAGGUCAUUCCUGGCGACGGGUCCUCUCCGUUGUCCAAGGAGAGUGGCAGCCACGCCUGUCCCUGAGCCAGCAGCCCCUUGCCUUCCCCGGCCGCGGUCCUUAGCGGGUCCUGUGGCUCUUGACCUCGACUUGAUCUCUUGACCCUGCUGCUAGUAACGGCUCCUGGCAGCUGUCCCCCCCCCCACCCCCCCCCCACCCCCCCACCCCCCCCCGCCGCCAGGGUCUCCACUCGAGACCCGUGGGUCCCAGCGGGUGCACAGAGGGCCAGCAGCCUGUCCGGAAAACACGCUCGUCCUGGAGUCCGGAAAGCCUCGCUCACACCCUAAAUUCAGUCCCUUGUGUGGCGGGGAGGCCCUCCCACCGAGUCGCCCUUCAUCGUCUCCCAGACUGUGCCUAGGUUGGGCUGCGUCCUCCACGGUUUCUGGGGCUGUUCUAUAACCGGAGGCCACAGGGCCAGCCACCCAGAGCAUCCCAUCCGGGAGGGGGCGGGCCGGGCAAAGCAGACAGCAGGAUCCCAAUGGAAAUAAAGCUUUCACUUGGACGGA